AUGUGCGGUAUAAUGCAGAGCGGUUUGUGUCGUUUCUCCGAGCUCACACCUGGACAGUUCGGUCUCACCAAACAACUGGUCAGUUUGAAUCCCCUACCGCAUGUCACACUACUACUCGUUUCACUUGUAUACGCUGGUUUCGGUGGAUGGAUCCUCACCGUCAUCAAGUACAGCGAUCACACCAAUCAUGAUGCUGAACUACUUGAGAGGUUAUUACACUACUAUUUUCUAGACUUGCUUAAUUAUUUUAAUCAUCCACUGUCAAAUGUCACAUGGAAUCUCUUCUUUGCUGCCACUACACUAACCUCCAUAGGUUACGGUACGGAUGCUCCCGACUCUUAUGUUGGACGAAUGUUCUGCCUUGCCUAUUUAUUUUUUGGAAUACCUCUAUUUUUGAUUACCCUCGCUGAUCUCGCUAAGUUUUGCACAGAAUUUAUGAAUAAGCUCUACAUUGAUAUGAUAAAAUGCAAGUACCAACUAACGAAAACUUAUACACGAUGGAAAUCUGGACAAAUGCGACGUGACUCCGUUCAAGUUGGACAGCUGAUCAUUGCGGGUGGAGAGGACGAGGUUGCUGAAUUUCUAUGGACUCAUCUGGAACGUGCACGAUUCGUCGAAGUUCCAUUUUUUCUUAUUAUAGGAAUUUUCCUCAUCUACAUAUCGAUCGCUUCUCACAUCAUUUCGGCUGUCGAAGGAUGGCCACUUUCGGAUGGUUUCUACUUUGUGAUGGUCAGCGUACUGACGAUUGGAUUCGGUGAUCUCGUUCCACGCAAUCAGACAUUCAUAUUGAUGGUUUUGUUGUUGAUCUUAGUUGGAUUGGUACUGACUACGACCUGUGUAGACAUCGUUGGUGCUUACUAUAUCGAUCGGCUACAUUUCUUUGGAAGGCGACUGGACGAUGACCCGUUAUCAUGGUUGAAAGAAGUGCAACAACGACGAAUUGAAGCCAUGAAGAGGGAGGCAAUGCGAAAACUUCUCGAAACGGUCACUGCUCUUCACCAUAUUAGGUUCACAGCACUGAAACAUCUGGUACAAACACCCACGGAAAUCCUUCCUGCACCUCCGCGUAAUCUUAUCGCAUCACAGGCCACUGCAGACUCGGUGCUUCUUCGUUGGAGUGCACCUCUCUACGUUGACGAGGGAAAACGUUACUGGUACACACUCACCUACAAACCGAGAACACCACAACGGCGAAAUCAAGUGGUUCGAGUGGAUUUUAUUAACGAAGAGAAGUACUUGGUGACUGGAUUGAAAUCGUUUACUCUUUAUGAGUUCAGCUUGGCAACGACAACUAGAUUCGGCAGUGGUAAAUCCGUGAAGGCUCAAGAAUACACAGAACCGUGUACCGUACCUCAAUCUCUUCGUCUUGAGGCUAUCAGCAGCGAAACGGCAACUGUAUCGUGGCGGCCUCCAAAAGUUAAUAAUGGAUCAACAGAGAGCUACGUAAUCCUAUUCAUCCAAGAACCUGCUCCGCAAUUCAUAUACUGGAACAGGUACAAGGUUGGAAAUUCGACGAGAUUCACUCUUACCGACUUGCUACCGGAUACACCGUAUAUAUUAUGUGUUUUGGCCGAGCACAAUCACGGUCUCACAGCAAUGUCGAGGUCGCUUCGAUUCCGAACGCGUCGCUGGUGGACAGAUGACGACAGCAGCACAUGUCUGCAUCCGCCUUGUGCGAAUCGGCGAACGUCAAUGUCCAGCGUUGUCUCCUCUUUAAGUGCUCUACGAUAG